UUUACUUGUAGAAGUUUUUAUUUUUUAAUCAUUUGUAACAUUUCUUUUUUUUUUUUCCAAAUGGUGACAUGAUAAGGAGAAAAGGAGAAGGAAGGAGAUACGGUUGGCUCUUUCGCCCACAGUUUCCUUGCGCCAUCGCCAUCUAUCCCCUUUUCAUUGGCCUUUUACUCUACAGGCUUAAAACAACACCAAACACCAUAGCUAAUCUCCUUUCACACUGAAAAUUCGCAGCAAUGCUAGCUUCAACGGCCCUGAAUCUAGGCUCUUUCGCCGCCGGUCCCGUCAAGGAAUUCCCGGCACACAAAUCUGGCAAGCUCUCUUCUUCGCUCUAUGGGUUUCCGCCCAUUUCAUCGUCUGCUCCGCCGCGCGUUGUGCUAAAGCACUCAAGAAAUCAUGUGAAAACCGCUGUAGCCGCUGUAGAAUCCUCCCCUACUGCAGAAAAGCAAGGAACAGAAAGGAAAAAGUAUUAUUUUCUUGUUGCAAAUGCAAAAUUCAUGCUGGAUGAGGAGGAGCAUUUUCAGGAGCAAUUAUCGGAGCGUAUGAGGCAUUAUGGAGAGCGUCAAAAGGAACAAGAUUUCUGGCUUGUGAUUGAGCCCAAGUUCUUGGACAAAUUCCCCGACAUUACUAAGAGACUAAAGAGACCUGCGGUGGCUCUAGUUUCUACCAAUGGCUCUUGGAUCAAGUUCAUGAAGCUAAGAUUAGACAGAGUGUUACAAGAUUGUUUUGAGGCUGAUAGUGUAGAAGAAGCCUUGGCUUCUACCCCUACUAAACUUGAGUUUGAGAAACCGGAGAAUUGGACCGCACCAUACCCCAAGUAUAAGUUUGGAUGGUGGGAGCCAUUCUUGCUGCCAGGAUCUCAUGCCCAGAAGGUAUGAAUCACUUCUUCCAAAAUUUUGUAUGUUGGCAAAGCUGGUGAACAAUUGUUAGUUUUGGGAGUUGACAAAAUUUCAGAAGCCCAACCUCUAGUAUAUCUGAAGAGGUAAAAUGUGUAUCUAACUUGUGUUUAAUUUCUUGCGUUUCAUUUGUAUAAAUGAAUUGCAAUCUGUUUCUACUUUGGUGUAGUUGUAGUCAUAUUUCUGCAAGCUUUUUAAACUUCUAU